AAAUUACCAAAAUGCCCCACGUGAGCCGUACGGUGGCUGUUCGGUAUACGAACUCUUCCCCUGCAUCGGCCGACAUGUGUCUCCGUUUGGACGUGCUCUGACAGAAUCCUAACCGCGGAUCUGGUCAGAGCUCCAGUUAACAAUGGAGAACGCCGAUGUGUUUGGUUCGUCGACGGCGCCUCUGACUUGGCACGACUUCCUCGAGCGAAUGCGCCAGCCUUCGGCUGCGGAGUUCGUCAAAGCCAUAAAAAGUUUCAUAGUAUCAUUUUCAAACAAUGCUCCAGAUCCAGACAAGGAUAGUGCAACAGUGCAGGAGUUUCUUGGGAACAUGGAAGCUGCUUUCCGGGCACAUUCACUUUGGGCUGGCUGUUCUGAGGAGGAGCUAGAGAGUGCGGGAGAAGGGUUAGAGAAAUAUGUCAUGACAAAGCUGUAUCUACAUGUUUUUGCCUCACAUCCUGAAGAUGUGAAAGUUGAUGAACAACUUCAUGAAAAGAUGGCUUUGAUUCAACAAUUUAUCCGGCCAGAGAAUUUGGAUAUCAAGCCAGUCUUUCAAAACGAGACAUCAUGGUUGCUUGCUCAGAAGGAGUUGCUGAAAAUCAAUAUGUACAAGGCGCCAAGGGAUAAACUUGUUUGCAUUCUUAACUGUUGCAAGGUUAUCACAAAUCUUUUGCUAAAUGCCUCCAUUUCAGAAAAUGAAAAUCCUCCGGGAGCAGAUGAUUUUCUCCCUGUCCUAAUAUAUGUCACAAUAAAGGUAA